AUGUCGGAGCCAAGUAGGGGCAGCAUCGAACCUAACAGUGUCGAGCGCAGUGUCGAGCUCAGCCACUCUCCUGCCGCUGGUGAUAAGCGCGAAGCUGUCAGCCGAGACCGGGACUACGACUCUCAUGAGCCCGACGACCAUCACGACGGCAAUGGCCCGCGGCCGCCCCCAAGAAAGCGCCAGAGAGUUCGUCUCUCAUGUCUAGAGUGCCGCAGGAGAAAACUCUCGUGUGAUCGGGAGUUCCCGUGCUCUCGCUGCAUGCAGUCCGGCACCCCGGAGCGGUGCGAGUACGAGACCCGGCCCGGCCUGGCGCCUCCGAACAAGCUCGGCCUGUCUCAUUCGGCCCUGGCCGGCUUCGACUCCCGACUGUCGUUGCCCAAUGGUGGCAGCGGCGACUCGUCUUACUACCGCAAAGAUGUUCGCGAGUCGGAGAGGAUCCGUCGUCUCGAGCUGGAAAUUGCCCAGCUAAAGAACAUCGUGCUUAAGCAGCACCAGAACGGUUCACUUGAUGGUAGUACCGUUACGGACAACUCACCUCCCGGGCAGAAGCUUCACAAUGCCCCCGGUGAGGAUCAAGAAAUUGGGGCACAGUAUGGGUAUAACCAGUUCGCCGAUGCUGUUAAUGACGAGGCUAAGGAGGAGCUCCGAUUUCUGCGUGGCAAGGAGUUUAAGACACGGUAUUUUGGUCCACACAGCGCAUCCCGCGCUUUCUCGGAGCUGGCCGGUAUCGGUCACUUCAUGAAGGAAACAUCCGAAGAAUUCUUCCGCCCGUUUGCCAUCCCCAACACAAAGGAUAGGCGACAGCGUGCAGAGGAGAGAGAGAUCAUGUUCCAUCAAGCGGACGAGUCGCUCGAGUCUUUGCUGCCGUCCAAGGAGAAGACGGAUGCCCUUGUGUCCAUUUACCUUGAUCAGUUCGAGCAGAUUCAUCGCAUCGUUCACAUUCCCACCUUCCGCAGGGACUAUGAUAAGUUCUGGGACCCUGCUCAAACACGAUCUGCGUCUUUCACUGCACUCAUCCUUGCCAUUCUGGGCGUUUCCAGCUGUCUCGGCUCACACUUCCCCCAAGAGUUUGACAAGUUGAUCAGUCGCUCACAUGCUGAUGCACUCAAGUGGAUUGAUGCCGUUGAUGAGUGGCAGCAAAAGCAGAGUCAAAAGCACCGUCGUCUCAUCCACUACCAGAUCUCAUGUCUAGUGUACCUCGCAAAACGCGUCAACACCGUGAAGAAGAAGCGGUUCUGGAAAGCAGCUGGCGCCAUGUCGAUGGAUGCCAUUUCGGUUGGUUUGCAUCUUGAGCCCAGCCAUAACAUUACCCCCUUCAACCAAGAACUGAGACGCAGGAUAUGGGCAACCAUCCAGAGCUUUGAUCUGCAAGCGUCUUUUGAUCAGGGCCUUCCCAGCAUUCUCAGCGCGUUACACUUCAACGUCGAACCUCCCCGCAACAUUGACGAUGACCAGUUCGACGAAAACAGUAAAGAACUCCCUCCUUCCAAGCCGCCCACCGAGUAUACUUUCUCCUCGUACCAACAUCUCAGCCGACAAAGCCUUGAUCUCCGUCUCGAACUUAUUCGCGUCCUCAAUGGACCGAGCGAGAAACUCGACUACGACCAAAUAAUACGCUACACCAACGAGAUCAAUCAGGAGAUCGACUCGUUACCCUCAUGGGACGUCACUGAGGGCGACGCUCCCACCGGCGUGUUGAAGAAACCUCUUCUCGCCUACACUCUCCUGCACAUCCAGCUUCGACAAUUCAUCAUCAAGCUCCAUCACCCCUACCUCAAACUCCGCAAGGACAACUCGAAAUAUCAGUACUCGGAGAUAAUCUACUACAACGCUGCGCGCGACAUGGUCCUUCUCAACGAUAAGCUCGCCCAGCAAGGCAUCCGCACCCUCAACUACCUCCGGGAAGACUGUCUCACCCUAGCCAUCAACCUCUGCAGCGUCACCAUGCUUCAGCCCCGCGGCUCUACCAACAUGAUCAUGAUCAACUCUCAGCACACGCUGCAGCUUCUGGAGAAGUGCUUGGCUAUAAAGGAGGAUCGCAUACUUCGUUGCGGCAACAACGAACCGUGGGGAUAUUCGAUCAUGUGCGCAGCGGUUGGCUUGUUGGAGGCACAUCUGGGCGUCAAAACGACGGAGCUAGCAAAGGCGACGAGCGCAGAAAGGUUCAUCAAACUGCAUUGCAAGCUGGUGCCGAUGGCGUCUGGAGGAUCGGGUGGGUCUAGCGACAGCCAGCCGAGCAGUAGUCAGGAAGGCGGGCAUCAGUGUGGUGCUGAGAAGCAGGCACCAGACACGGAGAGGCCGCAACAGCAGCAGCCUGGGGGACAAUCUGGAGGAGAUACCAGUAGGGGGUCUGCGACGCCAGUGCAUGGUCAGCAGUUUUCUUCUUCUUCUGGUGUCUCUAGUGUUGGGGGGAGUAGCAACAAGGGGGCGCCGAACGGUCUACCGACGCCUUCCAAUUCACAGUUCAUAAAUGGGAUAACGUCGGACUUUUUGGCUCAAAGCCGGCUAAGGCCCCCCACACCCUUCCUUCACCCCGGAAACGCGCAACAGCAACAGCAACAACAACAGCAGCAGCAGCAGCAGCAGCAGCAGCCACCACAAGCACCCAUGCCGCCACCAUCUGCGCUCGGCCCGGCGGUCGAUAUUCCAAGCUCACCGUGGUCGUCCAUUCCCGGUGUGGGUCUCGGUGCUGGUGGCGAUUGGUCUGUUAAUGGGGGUUUCCAGUUUCUCAACAGCAUGAACGCCGAGUUCGACAUGAGCCAGCUCGGUGCUAGCAUGGGCGAGCUUUGGCCAUCUGACUUGUGGGAUAUGUAG